AUUUCCAUCGAGAGUAAGAAGAGAGAGAGAGAGAGGCCGAGAAGGGGGAUGGGAUGGUGGUGGGGGCGACAGAAGAAGAUCGAAGAACCUUGCAAGAAGGAGGCUUGCAACAUCCAAUCCUGUCUCUCCAAGAACAACUUCGACUCCAAGAGGUGUAUGAAAGUCAUCAGAUUGUUGCAAAUAUGUUGUGAGAACUGCAACUAUGAUUCGACACAUUGUGCUCCACUGUCUGCACUUCUGAAAACAGAUCCCAAAUAAAGAGAACCAAUAGCCACCACCCACUUUGGUGAUUAUUUGCCAAUGUAUCCCAUGCGGGCAAACUGCUGUUGGUCUUCAUUUUUCAUUUUGAGCGAGUAAAUAGCUUUAUCAUAACUCUCUCUAGCUUACUUAUGGCGAUUAUUGUCUUUUGUUAGAAUCCUGAAAUAAUGUAACAACAGCAGCAUUUUUAGAGAAUCAGGCUCUCAGGCAUCAGGUUAUAAGGAGCUGUCUUAUGUGUGCUAAACAGAAAACUUUAUUUUAGUAUAUGCUUUAUUUUUCACAAACUUCCUGUAGGGUUAUUGCUGCGGACCUUCACUUACCUCAUCAACACAGUAAUCCAAUGUAAUUUAAAGAUGCGGAAUUACUACCUUUCAAUACUUUAUUAUUUA